AUGUCUCACACGGAUUCAGAUAUCAGUUCAGGUUCACAGAUUGUGACUGAUGUCAUUAUACAUAAUACAGAAGAUGAGGAGAACAAAGAUGAUGUCGUCAAAACAGUUGAAGACAGAAAUAGAAUAGCCUCUGUGCUAACAACUAAAGUGAGAAAAAUAAAUGAUAUUUUAGACAAAGAAGAAAUCGCCGUUGUGCGAAAGAAGUAUAAAGCCUGGAUGCAAGCAUAUGAAGAUUUUCUUCUAACGCAAGAAGCUUAUCGAAGAUCUAUGGUUUCAAUAAAAGAAGAUGAUAGAUCUGUUAAGACCAAUGCAACUAAAAGAUCCCGAAGGAGUGAAUCUUCAAUCUCCUCUUCACUAGCUAAAACUAAAUUAAAGAAAGCCGGAGUAAAUGCCAAAGUUGAAUUGCUGAAGAAGAAACAAGCAUUAGAACAAGCUAAGUUCCAGUUGAAAAUACAAGAAGAACAAUAUGAAAUUGAAGAAGAAUUGGCUAUUGCUGAUGCCGAAGAAGAGGUAUUAAAAAAUUUAGAAAUAGAAAAUAACAUAGAUGAUAAUAAUCACAACAAUACCCACACAUUCCAGGGUAAUAAAGAUGAAAAUACUUGCCCACCCCAGGGUAAUGAUAAAGACCAAAAUACUUACCUACCACAAGGUAAUAGUGAUUACAAUACUUACCUGUCACCAUAUAAUAAACACAGAGCAGAGAUUCCUGAAAGAAGUCGUACUAGACGAGAAUAUAUUGAUAGAUACAUAGACGUACAAUCUUCAUCAGAUUUUGAUGAUAUAGUAAUCAUCACCAACCAAACUAAACUAAAACAUAACGAUCCUGUUUUUAUUAGAUGGUUUAAAGAUGGUGAUGUAGAAUUACCCACAACAAAUUCUAAUAUCUACUUUAUAUCAUCAACAUCCUGUUUAGAUACUGGAAAUUAUUCCUGUUUAGCUACAAAUCCUGUUUAUACAAAUCAGAAAACCAAAUCAUUGGAACUGCUUGUUCACUCUGUAUUUCUUACAGGAUCUGGAUUUACUAAUGAUUACAACAGUGGAUAUAACAGUGGAAUUGGUGCUGGUAUUGGAAUAGGAUUAGCUCUAGCUCUAGUAGUGAUGGUUAUUAUGUCAAUAUAUAUCUACAGAUAUUGGACAGGGAAAAGACAAAAAUCUGACCAAACGUAUGACAGUUUUAAUACGAGAACAAGGGCUGAAGCGCAAGCUCUUGGAUCUGUGGCAAAAGCAGGAGUAAAUAUAAGCGAUGCAGUGAAAAAAUCUGACGAACUUAAAGAACUGCAGCUAAUAAGAGAACUGAGAAACAAGAGACUAGAACGACAAGCCCUAGAAAAACAAGGAAAAGGGUUUAAAAUCAUUGGAUAA